GGCUUGGAAAGCCGCCCGUUCGGAAAUAAAUCACAGCAUCGUAUUUCCUCGGAAGUGUUUUGUUCCUGUACCGGGGCUGUCAUCACUGAAGUAAACAUGACCAGCGCUACGUCCCCAAUCCUGCUAAAAUGGGACCCCAAAAGUCUUGAGAUUCGCACGCUGACUGUGGAGAGGUUGCUGGAGCCGUUGGUCACACAGGUCACCACCCUGGUCAACACCAGUAACAAAGGUCCAUCCGGUAAGAAAAAGGGCCGCUCCAAGAAAGCUCAUGUGCUGGCUCUGUCUGUGGAGCAGGCUACACAUAACUUUCUAGAAAAGGGUGAGCAGAUUGCUAAGGACAGCCAGGACCUGAAGGAGGAGCUUAUCGCAGCUGUAGAGGACGUUCGCAAGCAAGGUGAGACGAUGCACAUGGCCUCCUCAGAGUUUGCGGAUGACCCCUGCUCCUCUGUGAAACGUGGCACCAUGGUCCGUGCCGCCCGUGCCCUCCUUUCUGCUGUCACUCGCCUCCUCAUCCUGGCUGACAUGGCUGACGUCAUGAGGCUCCUGGCUCACCUCAAGAUCGUGGAAGAAGCUCUAGAAGCCGUCAAGAACGCUACCAAUGAGCAGGACUUGGCCAAUCGCUUUAAGGAGUUUGGGAAAGAGAUGGUCAAACUCAACUAUGUUGCUGCUCGCAGACAGCAGGAGCUGAAAGACCCUCAGUGCAGGGAUGAGAUGGCAGCAGCUCGAGGGGCUCUUAAGAAGAACGCCACUAUGCUCUAUACUGCCUCCCAGGCCUUCCUACGCCACCCCGACGUGGCUGCUACACGGGCCAACCGGGACUAUGUCUUCAAACAGGUCCAGGAGGCCAUCGGGGGCAUCUCCAGCUCUGCUCAGGCCACUUCACCCACCGAUGAGAAGCACGGGCACGCUGGCAUCGGCGAGCUGGCUGCCGCUCUCAAUGAGUUUGAUGUGAGUACACUCGGUUCAAAUAAUGUUUAUUGCAGCAUAUGAGGUACGCCGUGACAUCAUCUGUAAAGUGAUGCAUUUUGUUCGUUGUUUUUCAAUUUCUCAGACUUUCUCCAUUUGAAAUUUCGUGUGUCUGCUUUGAAGUAAGCUGUUUGUAAAUCGUUGUAGUCCCUGUAACGUGCCAACACUGUGGAACCAAGUCCUGUCCCAAACUCGCAACACUGGCAAAACAAAACAAACAAACAGAAAACACCGCUAAGCAAAACCAAACCAAUGUAGAAGCAGAACACAUAUUUAAAAUGUAUACUUCCAAGUGCCGUCGUCUGUAAAUGCACCAUUUCGAAAGUAACCAUAUUGU